UAGGUAAACAACACAGAUUAACUCAUUUCUAUGUUAUAAAUCACGGCUCUUUCUCGAUUUUGAUAAUGGUUACUACUAAUCACCUCACGGCACCUAUUCCAACCCAACUCCCCGAGCUGAAGCCAGAUACAUACUUUUCUCAGACGCAAUGGCAGAUUCUCCUUGCGCUAGUCGAUGCUAUCGUUCCGUCGAUUGUCGCAGACUCAGGAGUAACAGACAGGAAUAAUCACCUGCAAAUUUCUAAAUCUCAAUUAGAGGAGUCAUAUGAACGUAUAAAGAGUUCUAUGAAAAACCCGCCAGACUAUGAGAAAUUCCAGCAGUAUCUUCAGGCGCGUCCCUUGGACAACCCGCGAUUCUUACGAGCAGUCAAGCGCAUACUUGAAGGCGUUCCAGAUAGUAAUAGAAAUCAGCUCGGCGCUAUCCUAAAUAUAAUGGCCACUCGUCUGGGGAGCCUAGCUGCAACGGGAUAUUACACUUCUUUAAACGAACAACCAAUUCACGUCAGGGAGUCAAUAGUUCAAGCGUGGAAUCACUCGUGGAUGACUGUUUGGCCGUUAAUCGGAAACUCAAUUACCAGAAUAGCCAAGGUCUGCUUUGCUCAAACAGAUCCCUUGUUUCGUGAGUUGAGCGGCUACACCGAGGUUAGCGACGACUAUAAGCCCGGCCCGUCCUUCGACUUCGACUUCAUGCAGUUCGAGGCCGGGUCUGAGAUAGAAACCGUCGAUACUGACGUCGUAAUCGUCGGCUCGGGUUGCGGAGGGGCAGUCUGUGCCAAGGUCCUUUCCGAGGCUGGACACAAGGUAAUCGUCGUCGAUAAGGGCUAUCACUUCCCCUCUUCCCAACUACCGAUGACAGCCGAAGCGGGUGUUAAUUUCCUUUAUGAAGGAAAUGGUGCCGUACAGAGCGUAGACGGCUCCGUGACCAUGCUUGCUGGUAGCUGCUGGGGAGGAGGUGGGACAGUGAAUUGGAGUGUUAGCUUACAUCCUCAGGGGUUUUUACGACAGGAAUGGGCGGAUCAGGGCCUGGACUUCUUCACCACGCAAGAGUUCCAACACUGCAUAGAUCGUGUCUGCGACUUUAUGGGGGUUAGUGAUGCCCAUAUACGCCAUAAUCAUGGGGCAAACGUGAUUCUCAACGGAUCAAGAAAGCUGGGCUGGGCUGCCAAACCAUGUCCUCAGAAUACUGGAGGCGCCGAACACUACUGUGGCCAUUGUGCUACCGGUUGCGGAUCCGGCAAAAAGGAAGGCCCCUCUGUCAGCUGGCUUCCGGCUGCUGCAAGAGCAGGUGCGAAGUUUAUUGAAGGCUUUAACGUCUCUGAGGUGCUCUUUGACGAGACUCGUGGAUCGAAGACGGCGGUUGGCAUAUUAGGAACGUGGACAUCACGGGACAAAGAUGGAAAUAUACAUACGCUUGAGUCCGAGAGGAUCCAGAGACAGCUUCGAAUAAGAGCGAAGAAAGUGAUUGUAGCUUGUGGUACACUCAACAGUCCACUGUUGUUAAUGAGAAGCGGGCUGAAGAAUCCUCAUAUCGGCAAAAACCUUUAUGUACAUCCAGUCGGCCAAAUGAACGCCUCUUUUGACCAAGACAUUAAAGGUUGGGAAGGGGCUAUCUUGACGAGUGUUUGCACUAGCUUCGAGAACCUUGAUGGGAAAGGGCAUGGUGUCAAACUUGAGCCGACUAGCAUGAUUCCUCAUAUGUUCCUUCACGGACACCCUUGGCGAAGCGCGCUUCAAUGGAAGCUAAACCUUCUCCGCUGCCGGCAGAUGAACAGUUACAUCGCCAUAGCCCGUGAUCGCGAUACAGGGCGAGUGUAUCCAGAUCCAAACGACGGCCGGCCUACUAUCGAAUACUCACCCUCGGCCUUCGACCGUAAACACAUAUUAGCCGGAAUAAUCGCCCUAGCAAAGCUAUGCUACAUUGAAGGCGCAACCGAGAUAUGGCCAUUUGUCAAAAGUAUACCGUCGUUCGUACGGCGUUCCCGCCCAACUAACACCACGCCAAAAGCAGAAGCAGACGAGUUAAACGAUAUCGACCAAGGUAUCAACGACCCGGACUUCGCCGCCUGGCUUAAGACCGUCGAACGGACCGGACUUAACUACCCGGACGCGACCUUCUCGUCGGCGCACCAGAUGGGGACAUGCCGCAUGAGCGCGCACCCAGCUCGCGGCGUCGUUAACCCCGAGGGCAGGGUCUGGGAGACAAGCGGCUUGUACGUGGCGGACGCGAGCGUGUUCCCGACUGCAAGUGGCGUCAACCCCAUGAUUACCGGCAUGGCUAUUGCGGAUUGGAUCGCUAGGCGUGUCUCACGGGAUCUGGUAAGAGGAGAUCAGAUUCGCGCCGCUUUGUGAGAUAUACCUAUGACCUCUACUGGGGGCGGGGGAGAAGGGGGGUGCGCGAUCCACGAGUAUGUGCUAUUACGUGGUGAGCUUGAAGUAACCUCGUAGGAGGGGAUUGCUAUUACGACUUAUCUACGUCCUAGAGUUUGUUUUGACAUGAGUACAUGAGUACCUAUAUUGCCAUAAUAAGCUGCGUCGUAGCUAUUCUCUUGAUGUUUACCGAAUAUCUAGGACUUUCAAACCCCUUAAAAUUCCGGAGCGCAUAGACUUGUAGAAAGAGAAAAGUGUUGUGAGAGUAAUACAAUUAUAAUUCUCACACGUCGCAGUGAAAUCCCACGGACGCCAUAGGAUCUCAUCCGGAUAAGCGAGUCGAAGACCGAACACUCGGAACUGGUAGACUCGGUGUUGAUGUAUGUAGUACUAUGAGCUAGCCGGCACCCUCGAAUAGAUCCUAGGUAGUGUCUAUGCUACGAUAUGGGUUAUCAUCUAAGACUUGGCGAGAUUCCUUCAUACCGGGAUACGGCCCGAGCUGAGGCACGAGUAUCCCAGCAGCACUUCUUGUCCUGGAGGCUUACUAGCAGCUACGGCAGUUUAUAUAAAUACCUGUAC